AUGGGAAAACCAGAAACACAUGCCUUGAAACAAUCGAACCUCGACCCGUCCGCACCGAAGAAUCUAAAGAAACCCAAAAAGCGCACACGUAGUCGAAUCGCCUGCGACUGGUGCCACUCCAAUCAUGCGCGAUGCGAUCGAGAAUUCCCGUGUUCAAGGUGCCUUAGCAAAGGUACUCCUUGUGAAUUUACCAGGCUGCGUCGCAAGCGAGGACGUCACGCAAAGAUCGAUGUUGUGGAAACAGGUGAACGUGAUGUGUUAAACACUGCGCCAAAUGCCGCUGUUUCGUCUCCAGGCGAUCAAUCAACAGCCUCGUCGACAAUUUCCAGUUUGCAGACACCAAAUGCUCCUCAACAAGGUUUAUACUCGGCACAUGGUUUGACGGUUAUCAGUCCAGGUGCUGAGGAACUGCCAUCGUUCGAUGGUAUCCCGUGGGGUUUUCAGGGAAUUGAAGAAAAGGAAGAUGAAAUUGAGGACUUAAUGUUGGGACAGGAUUCACGUUCCAAUAAUUUCCCCAUAAGAACAGGUUUGGAUGAGAGUUCAUUCUCCUUGGGGCCCCCAACCGUUGGAGAUUUCACUGAGAAUGAACCUUAUGCGCUUCCUGGAUUAGACUCUGGGAUUGCUUCUAGAUCUCAGGAUGUUAUACCGUCUCUAAGGUACCCCGUUUUACAACCCUUAAUGCCGUUCAUCAAGACGGAACUCUCCCCUGACCUGGCAUGUGGCCUUCUCGACCUCUACUUCGCCAGUGCUUUCCCAACGCAUAUGCACCCCCUUUGCAAGCAUAUACAAUGCUUCGUAUUGAGGAAAUCCUCUUUCCUGACUGAAAGGAAUUACCGCCUUACUAGUCCCGCUCUAUUGGCCAGUAUGCUAUGGGUGGCUGCGUCGGACGAUCAUGCACUCUCCCUACCUAUAACAGCUCAUUAUCGAAAGGAGCUCUGCCAGUUCCUCGGUUCGCUCACUGUUAAGCUAUUGAAACCUGAUACAGCUACUAAUAAGCCAUCUCUACCUAUGAGUGAGCCAAGAAACUUCGAGACCAUGUUCUGCCCUCCAACGCCUGGUGAUGGUACACAGAGCUUUAGACACCCUGUCGGUUCUCUGGACGAUGUGAUUACGUAUAUACAUAUUGCCUCUAUUACUUCAUCAAGUGAAAAGAGCGCACUCAGCCUGAGAUGGUGGUAUGCAGCUUUUACACUCGCACGGGAGCAGAAGUUGAACAGAGAAAUAGAGACGACAUCGAAUUCUGAUGGUCAUGCCUUGUCCUUCUCGUAUAUGAGCACAUCCUUCGACCUUUCGGUCUCAACCCAGAAACCUCUAGGCUGCCUGUGUUUUCGAAGUCACGGCUCCGCAAUCCAACUCACGGAAGAACAGCGCGAAGAGCGUCGCAGGGUUUGGUGGUUACUGUACAUGACGGACCGUCAUUUAGCAUUGUGCCACAGUCGACCUCUGAUGCUUCUGGAUUCCGAGAGCAAGGAUCUUCUUCUCCCCCUCGACGAAGAAGCAUGGCAGGCGGGAGAAAUACACAGCAACAGCACACACUUUGCUGGUCCUCAUUGCAUGAUAUCAGGAUCUAAGAAUAUGCGACGCAUAUUUCCUGACUUCACAUGCCGUGAUACAUCGAUCUUCGGGUUUUUCCUACCCCUGAUGACUAUCAUGGGUCAAAUAAUUGAUCUCAAUCAUAUUAAGAACCAUCCUAUGCUUGGACCGGAAGCCCUCCGGCAGGACGGAUGGGAGGGUCAACUCCAUGAAGUCCUUCGCCAGCUUGAUCUAUACGAAGCCAGUAUCGCCUCCUUUAUCACGAGCGCCCUUGACCUCAAAGCAUCGCCAGGAUCGGCAACGACCCCCAACACGACAGAGCGGUCGGAAACCCAGGCAUACUUCUGGCUCAUACAAACAGUCACCUCCUAUGCGUCAUAUUACAUUGAUGUACUUCAUAUUCUCCAGGAUGGUAAGUGGGAUCCAGUUUCACUCACGCAGGAUAAAAGCUUCUGGGAUUCCUCGCCAAACUUUGCAUCUGCGAUACCACAUGCCCUUAAAGCAGCCGACUCGGUCAGACAAAUCCUGAAAUUUGACCCCGACGUCAGCUUCAUGCCGAACUUCUUCGGGAUCCAACUACUUCAAGGCGGCUUCUACUUCCUCCUUAUUCUUGAAAGAUUACAGGAUAAGGCAGGGGAGCCGUUCUUGAGUGCUUGUGAGGUUAUGAUUCGGGCCACCGAGUCCUGCAUUGUUACGCUGGAUACUGGGUUUCAGAGACACUUCUGCCAGAUCAUGCGGAGCACUUUGGCACAGGCCCGCGGGCGCCCUGCCAUCCAUUACGAAAUUAAACAGCGACGAAGGGCCAUCUCGGCUCUAUACCAGUGGACUGGGGCAGGCACCGGGUUGGCCGUCUAA